UCCUAGGGUAUAGACAUUAAAGCGGUGCAGCUGCUUCUCUUCGUCUAUGAGAUCUAUAACUGCAGAUCCCAGGGAUCAAAUCAGAUCUGAAGCGGUGAUCCAGACCAUCUGGAGGCGGCACUAGAUACACAGACCACACAUGGAUCCGAGUGUGAAACUCUAGAAUGGUGGGAAGGAGAGGGACUGCUGCAGGACUGCGAUCACUAGCACAAUAAGAGUGCCCACAACCUUAACCCUUGUGCCUUAGACAGAGGAAGGCUCGGUGCCCGCACCGCUGCAUACUAUGUACACUUUCGUGGUAAGAGAUGAAAACAGCACGGUGUAUGCCGAAGUGUCUAAAAUCCUCCUUGCAACAGGACAAUGGAAAAGGCUGAAGAGGGACAAUCCGCGGUUUAACCUGAUGCUGGGGGAGAGGAACAGAUUGCCUUUUAGUAGACUGGGUCAUGAGCCUGGACUUGUACAGCUUGUAAAUUAUUAUCGGGGUGCUGAUAAGCUUUGUCGGAAAGCUUCCUUGGUAAAAUUAAUAAAGACUAGUCCUGAGCUUUCAGAAUCCUGCACAUGGUUCCCGGAAUCCUAUGUGAUCUAUCCUGUUAAUGAAAAAACAGCAGUUGCACGUGUAAGAAAUGGCCUCCAAGACCUCAUGAACAACUCUCGCACAGAUGAGAGAGAAGAAUUCCUGGCCUCGUUCAAUGAGAGAAAAGAUAGUGGAAAAGGAAAUGUGUGGAUUGCCAAAUCCUCCUCUGGUGCUAAAGGAGAAGGGAUUCUAAUAUCCUCAGAUGCGAAUGAGCUUCUCAACUUCAUAGACAAUCAAGGCCAAGUGCAUGUUAUUCAGAAAUACCUAGAGAGCCCUCUGUUGCUAGAGCCAGGUCAUCGCAAGUUUGAUAUCAGGAGCUGGGUUCUUGUGGACAGUCGAUACAAUAUCUAUUUAUAUAGAGAAGGGGUGCUAAGGACUUCCUCUGAACCUUACGAUGACUCUAACUUCCAGGAUAUGACCUCUCACCUGACCAACCACUGUAUCCAAAAGGAACAUUCCAAGAACUUUGGGCGAUAUGAGGAUGGGAACGAGAUGUUCUUUGACGAGUUCAAUCAGUACCUUGUAAAUUCCCUUAACACCAAUUUAGAAAAUAGCAUCUUAGGACAGAUAAAGCAAAUAAUAAGAAUCUGUUUGAGCUGCAUAGAACCUGCAAUUAGCACAGAUCACCUCCCCUACCACAGUUUCCAGCUUUUUGGCUUUGACUUUAUGGUAGAUCAGGAUCUGAAGGUUUGGUUGAUUGAAGUUAACGGAGCCCCUGCCUGUGCUCAGAAACUUUAUGGUGAGCUGUGCCGGGGUAUCCUGGAUUUGGCCAUUUCCAGUGUCUUUCCACUCAGUGACACUGCAGAGACGCAGAUCAAGGAGACUGUAUUCAUAAAGCUGUAAAGACAUUGCCUUAUCUACAUGCAUACACACACACACAUAUGCAUGGCUGCCACCUAUUUAUUCUUGGAGGUCUAGAUUACUUCUACAUUGUAUUGCGUCAUGAAUGAUUAAAGGACUCUUGCUGAAAAAGUUUAAGAAGAAAUGUUCUACAGAAAAGACAAACCAAAGUGAAUUGGACAGUGCUUAGCUUUUUCAUGCCAACAUUUGUUUUGUAUAAAUUAUCUUUUUUUUACACCUUUUUAAUUAUUAAUAUUUUUUAUUUAAUUUUAGUUGAAGGAAACAUGUUUUUAAAGCUGUGUAGUAUUGGGUGAUGCAGGGGCAGAAUGUAGUAUGAUUGUAUUUCUGUCUUGAAGCCUUUUUGACAACACCUAGGGUAAGAACAUAAGCGAGUGGAUCAGCGGUGGCAUCUGUAUUUAUGUAAAGGAGAGGUAGGGUUGACUUCUUGUAGUUGCAUAAUAGUGCCUUAGAUCGUCACAUAAAAAUUGCCUCUUUUUUAAUGCUGACUUCUCCUGGCUGCAAUCCUUUUGAUACCUAAUACAGCCGAUCUUUUAGUACAGUAACUGGCUGGCACAUUUAAGAUAGUGAGUCCACACACACAGAAUGAGCAAUUGGAGUCAUUUUAAGCCUCGUUCAUUUUAAUAAUCCAAGCUUCUGAUAAUUGUCUUAAUUUAAUUUGCCAGUUUUUAGAAACCUUUGUUCCGUGUUGCUAUGAGGCAGCCAUAUUCCUUGCAGGUCCCUUUUUAAAGUCCCAGAGCCCAGGACAGUCACACAGGCACUCACCACGUAGCCUGCUUAUAGAAUACUUUACACCAAGCAGCACGUAGUUGCCUC